UUCGCGAGUGAACGAAGGUCGACGUCGGUGGCCGUUCCGGCUGUGGAGAGAAAGCGAAAACAAAAAGAAAAAAAAAAAACAAACAUACUCAGUGGGUGUCGCGUUUUCCCUGCAAAUCCGAGCAGUGUGUGAGUGUUCUGUGUAAAUCUUUUCGCAAACUCCCGUGCUUUUAUGUGGCAGAGAAAAUUCAAAAUUCUAAGUGAAAAUUCAAUGAAAAGUUUGUGCCCAGGCGAAGAUUUGAUCGCUAAACCAGUAAAGUGAUGGAAUUUCGGUGCGGCGGAACUCCGAAGGAGAAAAUCUAGCAAGUAAUCUUCAUGCACAUUUAGGAUAGUUAGAUAAACGGAAAAUAUCUGCAGUGUGUGGGGUCAAAUUUGCAAGAGAGAGGCCAACUGGUGCAUGACUGCGGGUAAUGGGAUUUAUUGCGUGAAAAUGAAUAUUUCAGUAAGGUGAAAACUUUACGACAGUUCCGUCGGCGGAAAGGCUUGGAUAAAGGGCUGCAUUCACUACGACGAAAAACGAAAUCAAAUAGGACUAUGUACUCUAUCCCCCGGUUGAUGCGGAUAACGCGACUGACGAGAAUAAGAGAAAAGGAACUUGACCUGACUCGUCAGUUCGAUGUGUUUGCAAAUCGAGUAUCCGUUUGAUUGAAGGGUGUUGUGUGGCAAGGAUUGAAUGACAAACAAAACACAGUUCAGCUGUAAAUUACGAUUUCGUUUUGCUUUGGUAAUUAGGAAAUAGUUCGAUCAGUGUGUUUACUUUUUAAAACAGGUACGCUGAUCCGCAACUUACGAUGAAAGCGCUUACAUAACAAAAGUAAACGUCGCUAAAGCAGAAAUUAGUUCUACUGAGCCUGAACGUGUCACAAGGAAUCCAAUCUUUUAGUGCACUGUGCUUCCAUAGAAACGGCAAGCAGCCGAUUUUGCCUCAACAAAAGUGUUAUUUUGCUCAUCAAGUCCAUGUCAACGAUCUUCCCUUCGAAAAGGAGUCUGGAAAAAGUAGUGGUCUAAUGAUAGAAACAAAUAUCGUAAUUCUACUAGUUUCAGCUACAUAAUAAGUGAGUGAAACGGAAAAUCCGAACACUGCAUAUCAGCAAUAGUGUGAAUCUCGUGUGUCUGCGUAUCUCAUCAGAAAAUAAAGUGCUUAGAAGGAUCGUAAAAAAAGUUAUUCCAGUGGUAACCAUAAAAAAUUAUCGAAGAAGAAAAAUAAGUAAUUCACUGUGUACGCACAGAAGAAAAAAAACGGAGCAUUGCGAUAAUAAUAGUGUCCCAUUAGGAUGCCAUUCGGUCGGAAGUCGCCGCUGGAGGCACUGGCCAUGCCCGGGGCCAUUAUCGCCUACAAGUACAGCCAAUACCGGCAGCGUCGGCGCGAGGCUGCUAACCGACGAGUCACUGAACGGGAGCUGACGGCGUUGCACAACAAAAUUGAGAAAUUGCUCAGCAAACUAGAGGAGAGUGAACUGGAGCCGCCCACAUCACAGGAGGAUGAAUGUGUUAUCUGUAUUAACGCCAGAGCCACUAUGCAAACGUCACCCUGCGGGCACCGAGUGGUCUGCAGACGUUGCUUCGUCAAAACGAUUCAGAGUGCCGUUGCCCAACGCCUCCUGCCGUUGCGAUGCGUCAUCUGUCGUGCUCGGAUCAACAAGCUCACAUCGGGAUCCACCUCUUGGCGGUUGCAAGGCUCCUCUAGCAGCUAUUCAAUGGCAAGUAAAAGCUGGAGUGUCCCCGGAUCGGCCAGUUCGUACAGCGUUGAUGAUCCCCGGGUUACCCAAUCGGCCAGUCUAUACUCGAUGAGCUCUGGUUCAUCCUGUAUGUCAGGCAUCUCGAAUCUUUCUAGUUGCUCUGGCACUUCCGGUAUAUCUUCAUCUUCCUCGAAUAGCGGUACCGGCGAUCCGCAUCAUCAUCACCACCAUCAUAACCCUCAAUCAAAUCUGGGCCACCAUCACAAGCAUAGCAAUGGUACAUGUUCCAGUGGUUGUCUAGGAGCGAUUCCCCGGAAUCCUUCCUACCAACAUCACCACAAGAAAGGACAAUAUUACUCUAAGAACCGAUUCCCGGAGAUGCCAAACCGUUUGCCACCAAUUAUCGAAUUUAAAAGUCCGACUAGACAUCGAACUCCUUCUCCUGCCAACCCGGGUGCAAGGUUCAAAUACUACACCCAACCGGGAAAGCCUGCCAACGCGGUUGUCGAAUCGAUACCACUGCUGAGCAUUGAGAAAUCUUCCAAACCGGGACCGUCGAAGUUGGGUCUGAAUGGCAAAAUUGCUCCAACUGCUUCCAAGUCGCCAAUUAAUAAAACCAACAUGGCAACCGGAAAGCCGGUUACCACCUCCCUAAUAACGGCCAUCAGAACUCCUCCUAGGACACGAGUAGUUCCAGCAGGGACCACCACAGCUUCCACUAGCAAUCAUUCCAGCAGCGUUAGCAGUAACAUUAAAAGCAAUUGCUUCAUCAGUAGCAAAACCAACAAUAACUUCGGCAACUCCAAGCAGGAUGAGAAAUAUGACAAUAAAAAGAACGAAACAAUCGAGAAGAAUAAGAAAGAGGAAAAACUGAAACUCAAGGCGGAAAAGGACGCACGCAAGGAGGAAAAGCGCGUCGCUAAAGAAGAGGAGAAACUCGCAAAAAUGCUCGCAAAGGAAGAGAAAAAACGUGGAAAAAGAGAAGCUAAGGAGUCGCUCCUGGCAAACGAAGGUGGAAGUCAGAAAUAGGAUUUUGUCUCCCGAUGGGGGUUUAGUUUUGUGAGAAAAGCCUAACUGCCAGAAAUCGGCGAAUUCAGACGCAAAUCGGUAAAUUUUUCUCGAAAAGCACUGGCAAGCACAUUUGCAAAGCAAACUAGCUGCCGAGAAUCACUAUGGAGUAGUGCUCUAACUAUAAGAAUAAUUUUAACUUUUCACACUCCUAUAGGUUGUAUGUUAACAUGCUAUUACAAAGUAAUACUCCACCGCAGCAGUAAGUUUUAGCUAUUAUUUUCAUAGAAAGAGUGCAUAUUGUAGAACAUGAAAACGACAUAUCAAACACAUCAACUUCAUUCCAUGUGUACAUAAUAUAUACAUAUACAUACAAACACGCAUACUUCCAUCGUAAAGAUAGUGAUUCCAGAAAAAUAAUAAACAACAACUAAGAGGCCAAUCCAUACAAUAAGUUUGCAUUGUUUAAUCAACUUACAGUUCAGCAAGCUAUGAAAAAUCCACUAAUCUGGCAACGAUAUGCGCAUCAGUUUAUUUUACUUUCAAAUUUCCAUGUCAUGUUGGAUUUUUAUAUCAGGUUUCAAAAUAAUUAAUUAAUAGACCGUUUUGUUGAAUCAAUUUUGACCAUCUAUCUAGAUGCAGCAGCAACUUCUGGUCCUUGUUAGAGGAAAAACAGUGUAAUUUACAUACCGAUCUCAAUCAAAUAACCUACAGUUCAAAGAAUUCUGAAAGAAGCGAUACAAAACCUCAAUGUGUCAGGUCGGGAUUAUACAGUGGAAGUGGCAUAACUUCCUAGGGCUACUGCAACAAUAUUUGACGAGUGACCAAGGUAGGAUAUAUGUGGUCGAGCGAUUCUUCAAUCUUCCGUUUCAAAUUCAUCGUCUAACUAAGGUAUCCGACGACAGUACGCUUCCGAUAUGUGGGGCGAUAUCUCUAAAAUUCCACCAAAUCACUAGGAAAUUGUGCUUCUUUGUUUUCUUUUACUAGUACAAUGACACAAUAAAACAAAAUACUUACUGAUGUUGUUCAUUAUUGUUCAUACUAGAAAAACUAAUGACUGAACUUUGUCUGAACUCGUACAACGUGUAGCCGUUUAAGACAAGUUGAGGAGGUAUUGGGAGAGAUCCGGGAAGAUUGUUGUGGGAUUGGGAAAGUUUAGGAGGAAUUGCGCGGGAUUAAAGAGUUUAGAAAAGACCAGAAAAGAAUGUGCGGGAUUGGGUGAGAUGAUAACGGAUUUGAUCAGUUUGUUCAUCUGAGCUAGAGUAUCUCUCUAGCUGUUAAUCGGAACAGAAAAAAAACUACCUGUUCGAACAAUCAUCUAUCGGAAAUACAACAGGGCUUCCUUGCGAGCCCUAUAGUUAUUCAUAAUGCUUAUUUUUCCACAAAUUCUCUUGAAGUGAAUCGAUCUAAAAUUAAUUUUUUUUUACACCUAAAUCAAAUUUUUUCAGAUUGUAUCGCUACAUCUUCAACUCAUAGUUUCAAUAUUAGAUUAGAUAAUUCAUUCAUUGUAACAUCAAUUUUUAUUACAACGGCCAACAGGCCACAUGUCAACAUGCACUUCUGCUGCACUGCCCAUACUUGCAUACCUAAUGCUAAAUUAUGGUAUUAUUACAUGAAAUAUCGGUAAUACACCUUUGCUAUUCCAUUAUUAUAUAUUCCAAAUUAUUGAAAUUUACACUGAACGGGACUGAUAUGCGGGUACUUCACAUAUGGGACAGACAUGAGUUGAUAUUUUUUCACAUUUUACUGAACAAACCAUCAACUUUUAUUGCAAUUUCUGAGAGUAUAUUGAGGAUAGUUUGCAUUCCUCAAGCUAACUUAAUAUUGGCGAAAAUCGAUAUGGGAUCGAUAUGCGAGUAUGGGCAGUGCAGAUGAACCAUAGUAUUAAUUUUAACAUCGGACGAAAGAGAAAACUUUCGACGAGAAACGAAUUUUUCCGAAUUCCACUACAAAGUGAACGUCGUUAGGUGGCUUUUCGAUUGUUGUCAAAAAAAGAGACAGAUGAUUCAUUUAGUUAUGUUUUGUUCAAUGUACGCACCACUACUCAGUUGCAUUAAAUGCUGUUUCACUGAAUAUUAGGACCCUAUUAAAUUGAUUGAUACAAUGUCUGAUGACAGUGCCGCUGGCUUUCUAGCUUCAUUUUUAAUUGAUUUAAUUCUAUGGCAAUGCUCUUUCCAAAUCAAAGUUUUUUUCAAAAGCCUGUGUAAGCUUUAUAUUUACUAUACGUUGAAAAUAAGAAGCUCACCACUGCCACCUACUUGACUGUUUCCAAACGUUCCACUUCGUUCCGAGACGAUAACAAAGUUCUCUUGCGUAUUACAGAGAUUUUCCAACUAAGACAAUUGAAACACUUCUCACGCGAUUUCCACAAAUGCAAAACGUAUACACGGAUAUAAACCGGUUCCAUUAAACAUAUCUCCUUAUUGGAUCACGCCUAUUACUGAUAAUUUUAUGAGCAAAAUUAUCCAUAUCAUUUAUUGCUCAUGAUCAUUUUGCUCAUAGAAUCAUCAGUAAUAGGCAUGAUCCCAUAAGAGGCCUUCAUGUUUCAUGAUUUUCAUAAUUUCUUAAUGGUGGUACCGGCAAUGGAUUUCUUACCGUGUAUUCAAUCGAAAUGAGUUAAAAAUAAACUUGAUUGUGAUGUGAUUGAUAAUUGAUAAUAUGAAAAUCACUCGUUACGCUACUUAUUCCAGUUUCAUGGUUUUCGAUAGUAGUAUUGAUAAAUUGUUUUGAUGUAAUUCCAACGUUUGGCAGUAUUGCAAGCCUCAGGAAAUUUCGACGCCCUCGUAUUGAUAAAUGAACAACUGUAGAUGCCUUGCCAAAUCAUUAACUUGAGUACAAAAUAAAGUGGGUUUAAAUUUUUCCUGAAAACUCAAUCCAGCAAAACCAGAAGAUCUUGGGCAAAGUGAAUCUCAGCACAAGUGAGCGCAGAUCUGUGAUUAAAAACUAAAGAAAACAAUCUUUCAAUGUUUCAACAGAUUUCCGAAGAAUAACCGCCGACAUUUGGAUAUCAUUUAGCUUGAAUGUGAUUAUCAGUACACCGUAUAAUCACUUCAUUUCAGCAAGGUUUAAUGAAAACCACUGACAAAUCGUUCUUAGGAAUCUAAUUACAUCAAAAUAAAAAGCACUCUCAUGGUGACGAGAGAUCUAGAAAGAGCUAGAAAAAUAUUAUCUUAAUCAACAGAGGCAUGCAAUCUAUCCGAAAUUCGGAUUGACAAAUAUUGUUAUUCAUCGCUCUAACCCCGGGUCAACGGUUCAAACUAUAAAACGCUGAUAUAACAAGCCAGAUAUCGUAUGUUCAAGUACUGACUUGAAAGGUUUCUUAGUGUCUGUAGGAUCGUAGCACUGACCAGUCAUGUACACUUACGAGUCCAGUGCGAAGUCUGUUGAAACGGUUGGUCAAGCUCCGCAUAGGAAUGUAAUACUCAAAUCUUGAUUUACCUUAGCUAUUCAUCGCUCAUUUAAAACAUCAUUUGUUCUUCGACCAUAUGAUCGAAUAUACGAAUAAUCGAGUCAAUAUUAUUUGCCAUUUCUUGGAUGCACACUCCUAAAAUAAUAUUUUCUCACGGAUUCUUUCAUUACAUAGUCGUAUUCGCAUGUCAAUUUUCUAAUCUGCUUUCCACGUUAGAUAUUCAUCAUAUUUAAAACAAAAACUAAAGAAACACAAAUCCUUGAACAUAUAUUGCGUUCGAGAUCACAAUCGUCACUGUUGCUAUCGCAUAUUGGCUGAGAUCGUCACGCAGAUGUAUGAUGCUGGUGUGUACUCCGAUAGGCAGCAAAAUAGACAAAAACAAAAUCGCGAAUCAGUGUCGGCGGCAAAGUAGAAGUAGGGUUCGAGUCCCGUCUCUGCGGUAACAUUUUCGCGGUUUUCAUUACAUAAUUGCAUUCCCAUAUCAAUUUUCAAUCUGUUUUCCCCGUUAGAUACUGAUCAUAUUUGAAACAAAUAGUUGUUUUCAAUAGAACAGAAUCCGGAAAACACCUUCGAAGCCAUGGUUGAUCUUUUGACGGAUUUUUUAUCAUCAAGAAGCAAUGAUAAACUAACACAUGAAAUAGUUUAGAAUCCAUUGUUUUGAAAAUGACACAAGUAGCUUCUUUUAAAUGCUUGUCGCCUUUUUUCUGACCAAUCGAAAUGUCAUGAAACAUCAUAUAGAUUUGACAAUGAUAGCGCCAGCUGUGUAUCAGUCACACGGCUCACAGUGAUGUGUUAAUACACUACAAACUACAAUAUUAAAGUAUAGGUUUCCUACCCCAAUGAACUUCUCGUCGUACAAAUCUUUUUCAUCCUAAAUUUAGAACAAUUUCAGCACAUUCCUACUUUCUGAAACUUACGAUUACGGGCGACUUUAGAGAACUGAAACUGAAUCAAAUGUAUCCGCAGCAAGCCGUUUUAAUUUUAUUCAUUCUAACAGUGCUACUGUCAAAUUUAAAACUGGUAUAUGCUGCCAUUCUAUUUUGUCUACAUCGGUGCUUACAUUAUUAGGGUGAUUAGGACAUAUCGACCUUUCAAAAUUUACAAAAUAUAAUACUCAUUGUUCUGGUAUAAUUUCGUAAAUUGUGUUUUCAUCUACAAUAUCGUAUCGAUUAUUGUGUACAUGGAAGUUACAGAGACGCUGCCGGGGCUCGGUAAUCGACUCGGUAAAAACCUUUUUUAAUCCAUCUCGUGGUGUAAUGAUGCCUUUCUCAUUCUUCUUAUAUAUUUUAGAAACUUAACUAGAAGAUGCUGUCGAGAUUUUUUUUUCAAACUUGAAUAAAAAUUUUCAUUGGUAUAAAUUACCAAUGUAUACCUUUUCAAUUUGUUAACAGUUAUGUGAAGUUAAUAUAGAUUUGAAUGUGGCAACUUUGCUCGGUAUACAAAAUUGAACAAAGCACGCUGUGUGUUUUCUUCUUCCGUACCAGUACGUACCGAUGCGUACUGGGUUUGCAUAAUUUUGUAUUACAGUUUGAGAGUUUUGAUGCCCAUCGCCCUAUCAUUUCGGAACCGGUAGUUGGAUCUGAAUGAAAUUGCACAGUAUCUUUUGACAUACGGAGAACUUAAAUUUGAAUCGUGAUUUGUGAAAAUCUGGUAAACCAAUGAUGAAAAAUCGAAGUGAGUUCCGUUUUUGAAGCUUUUCUCCACUAUUACCGGUGCAUUCGGAAGCGGAAACCGGGGACUAGUAGUCCCAAAGUAGAUUUAUAUAUCCACUUACUAACAAGGUCUGUUAACUAGAUGAAUUCACAAGUAAGUUGUAUAAAAAUUCGCACCUUGUUUCGCCAUCACAUUUGAAAAAAUACUCUUGAAAUUGAUUUUUUACUUAUUGUGUUGUGAUCAAUUUUUCGGGCACUUUUUAAAGAAUUUCAAGACCUUUCAGUUGCAUCUUGGUUUUUACAAAUCGGUUAAGAAAUUAUGAUUAGAUAUUCAGAAGUGUGAAGAAACGUAUUAGUCUCGUAUCGUAUUCAUAUCAUCUAGUUAUGUCUCUGACAUUACCCACCCACUUUUUUCGAAGUACUUAGAUCUACGCAGAAUUCCGUAGAUCUGACGUUGCCAAACACAGUAGGCGUGUGAUACUCAUUUAUAGUGGCCGUUUGUUGGCCCAUUUAAAAACAGAUUCAUUGAGCAGCUCGAAGAAUAACCUCCUAUCCGAGUUUCAUCUGGAGUCACAAAUUUAAGAGAUUUUUGUUACAUACCGCUCAAACUCCCUUACUGAAAAAGGUCAUAUCAAACGAAAAGUACACCUGGAAAAAAUGUGAAAAUUUCAAAAAUAAAAUAAUUUUGCUGUGAUUAAUUGUGAUUAAUUUUUUAAUUGGAAGUGGUCAAUUUUUACUUUUUCAUAAUAAAUUUAAUGACUAUUUAAAGGUAGUGACUAAAUUUUACUAUUUCAGAUAUAGAAAUAAGCUAUCACACUAUUAUUAAUUACAUUUUUCGUUUAUAAGAAGGUAAAAAAUAUAACUUGAAACAGAGAAAGCUAAGGGAGAUUAACCCGCACGCACGGAUACAAAUCCAUUGUCGCUACCACGAUUAAGAAAUCAUGAAUAUCAUGAACCAAUACUUCUCACGAUACCAUGCCUACUACCGAUGAUUUCGUGAACAAAUCCCAUGAAAAUUUCCAUUUUCCUCAUAAUAUCAUUAAUAAUAGGUAUGAUCUCAUGAGAAAACACGCUUCAUGAUUGUCAUAAUUUCCUAAUCGUGGUACCAGCAAUGGAUUUUUAUCCGUGCGAGGUGAAAAAAUCCGAACGAGGACUGGGAAUGAGGUGGUAACCCGUAAAAUACGUGACUUGAUACAUUGAAAUCGAAACUUAGAAAUAUUUCCUAUGAAUUAAUGACAUAAUAUUAAUAAUUGAUACAAAAUAUACUAAGCUGUAAGUGUUUAAAACCUGACCACAUUUCUACGUGUAUUUUUCAUUAAGUUUCUGACUUGCACCCCUAUAGAGAAAAUAAAGAUGUGUUUCACAUCAAAACAAGCAUAUUUCGUUUGAGUUCUCGAUAACUCGAUUUGAAUCAACUAUUUUUUUUAUAGUAAACUAAUCGUUUAGUUGUUUUGAAUAACCAGGAUUUUUCUUCAUACAGAAGACCAUUGUUGAUCAAUUUUCAUAAGUGGAAUCGGACCAACCUUGAACUAGUUUUACGACAGGAUUUUUUAAAGUUUCCAAUCACAUCUAAUUUUAUUAAGUAUCAUCAUAAUCUCAAUAUGAAGGAAGCAGGAAGCUUUAGAUCACUCUGUUCAAUCAUCACCGAUCAGCACGGAGAAAUAGCGUUACGUUUUGUAAUGAUUGUCGAUGUUCAGUUUAACGCCCGUAUCGCUGCAGCUGAACGUGGUGAAUAUUUGUUGAAUUUCGUUUUCAUGGUGGUUUAUUGGUACCGUAGUACGGAGUGUCUUCUGUUAGUUUGUCCAUGCGUAAAUACAAGUCAUUGCAUUGCACAUAUUGAAUCUUAUUCUUUCGGAUUUGGAAUUAAAUACAUCCGCCACUCCUGAACAUGUGCUUAGGAUUCUCAUUUUUCUUAUCAACUAAACUAAACACUAAGAGGUGGUCAUAACUAUUUGUUCAAAAAUACGCAUAGAUUAACAGUUAUAACCCAUAAGAAGUUGGUUCAGUCGAUUAUAUUAUUAACUAAACUGAAAUUCGGACUUGAAUUGGUUCAAACCACAGUCUUGAAAGUAAGCUUCAUGAACAAAAUUAGUAACCACAAUCAAAAAUCUUUUUAUUUGUCUACUAUAACAAUGACUUUCGAUCGCGAUUUGAAACAUUAGAUUUGACCUGUUUGCUGAUACAACCGAACAGAUUUUUAUUUAUUUUGCUGUUUUUAUUCUGAGGUAUUCGACAAAAUGACAACAGGGUCAAUCAACGGAAAUGUUUGUUGAAUUAAAUUCAUUACAUGCAAUUGUUUAUUUAUUGUUUUUCAAACAAAAAACAUAGUUACAAAAAACUCUUGUUGCGGUAAGAUUCAAUUCAAACGAACUGUUCAUGACGUCCAUAAUUGGAGAGCCUACCAAAUAUUUUUUGCAAGCCUUGACAACACGCUUAGAUUUAACUUGACAUUUUCGUACCUUUCUUGUAAAACAAAUCAAAUGCAGGUACGAUUUCAAUUUAUUUUAAUAUAUUUUAAAUUUGAAAUCUAAAGCCAUUCGUAGCCCACAAAAAUAGUCAGGCUGCCAGGGCAAAUAACAAAAAUAUCGUUCAAUGGCCGGGGCACCGCUUAGCGCAAUAAUCGAGUACAUUCCAAUGACAUGGACAAUGCCGAAUAUUGACAAUAAUAUUGUCUCGUGUAAGGAUCAGUUAACGCAUUUCGCCUUUCGCAUAUAGAAAGGCUAUGUAAUCGCCGUAAAACCAUCUUUUGAAUCAAGACCCGGAGUGCCGAGUUUCAUAUGUCAUUCGAAAUAGUUCGUCGAGAUCGAAAAAUGUAGGUGUGACUCUGAAAAAAAAACAAUCAAAAUCCUUUGAACUAGCCAUAUAAUUCUUCUACUAGGCAGAUCAGGUUAGUUGAUGGCCAAACAAACCGACUUCGGCUUAACUGAUUCCCACUUUCCGUUUCCAGAAGUUUCGGAAAGUCAUCAAGAUCUUCACAACGGAAUUCACUUUUUCCAAGAAAUCGAUUUUUACAAACUUAAGCUAAAAUUAUAGAUCUUAUAAUCCAAUAGGCUACUAUUGAAUUCCAUACGCAUCUUACCUCACGUUCCGGAAUUACAGGGUGAAGUGUCAUUUAGAGUGACGAGGCAAAACACGUAAAAAGUCAAUCGUGUUUUAAUUGAUAUGAUAUAUUAGUUAAUGUUAAUUCUUGUUUUCAUCCAAAGUGCGAUGAAAAGUGUUUUGUUUCCCGCAGAUCGGUUUUCGGCGGAAUUGAUUCGGAAUCGGUUGUUGCAGUGGAAUCCGCGUUGAUUCGGAAUACAUACUGAAUUUCAUAUUUCAUAUUUGAAUGAAAGUUUUUCGCUAUCUCGGAUUCGGAUUUUUUUUUCGAAUUGAUAACGUGGGAGAGCAUAGUUAUUUUCCGACACUGAAAAAAAAUCUUGCAUAAAAAUUCAAUUUGCAGAACUUUUCUAAAACUUAUUUCUGUGUAUUUUCAUUUUAUACUUUCAGUAAAAGAAAAUACCGUAAAAAAGUUUCAAUACAUUGUUAAACGAAGUAAGUUUUCCUCGAAGUUGUUCUUACAUUCUCUGUAUUGCAAUUGUUAUUCCACUUAUUUUCAUUUUAUCUUCAGGGCAAAAAAACUUUCCAUCCGUCAAAUUUUGAACUGGGCGUAAUUUUACAUAAAUUUUAGUGUAUUAAAACAGAUUUUUAGGUUUAGUUUCUUAGAUACAUGCGCCAAACUUUUACCAUACACAUCAUUUUCUUCGAGAAUUUAAAAGAUCUAAUCAUAGCUUACUGAACGGUAGAUAAUAAUAAAAAUCUGACACUCAAUUCAAAUCAAAUUUUGAGAACUCUCGGUUUUUACCCUCAUUUGUUGCAAGUCUCAAAAUUGAAAUGUUCAACGUAUUCAUAAUACCAGAAACAUUAUAAAAGGUAGAGAGUUCGCUGUGAUACAAAUUCGUAUAAUGAGAGAACACAAACAUAAAGAAAUUCACAAUAAAAUGUUGAAAAAAAACGAAAUCUAGAGGUCGUUUGAUCGUGUACUAUUUUCACAACAUAGUUAGACAAGAAACUGUCGCUGCAACAUAAUACAUUGGUGUAUUGUGAGAAGCAAAUGAGUGGAUCGCGACGAUAUCAGCAAUGUUUCAAUCAGGAAAAAUAGUUGUAAUAGCUUAGCCAUUGAAGUGUAAUUAAAUUAACAAACAAAAAAGAAUCAAUACACAACCCAAAACAAAACAUUAACACAACAUAGAUGCAUAGAAUAUAAGCAAAUCAAUGAUGUUACAAUUUUUCACACGAAAAUCAAUUCGAAGCCCUAGCCCUGCAUUAGUGUAUUGAAUAAUUCACGUCCCAAGUGAGCAAUACUAAAUAUUAUACGGUCGAACCGUUCUUGAACGUAACCAAUUGUCAGGCGAUAGAACUACCAUGAUUUUUUUCCAUUUGAACAAUACACAUGAAAAGAUUAUAGUUGCCAAAGAUGUAAAACUCGGGAAAUGAUUCGUUGUAACAAUUUGAGAUGUUUUCAACGUGAGAUUUGAGUGGUCCUAUACAACAAACACUAGUUUUGAAAGUGUACUCCUUUAUCUUCAGGGCAAAACAACUACUUGAUGGAAAAUAUUAGUAUUUUUUUUGCCCUGAAGAUGAAUAAAUAAACCUCCGAAACGCUAGACCGAAAAAAUCAUCUUUCGAAACUAGCAAAAACGAAGUGGUCGUAUACAAUUCUAGUAAAAUGAUACUCAGUCCAGUGUACAAAAAAAUCGCAUGUUGAUCUGAUUUCAAAUUUUUCACCGAACACUGAAACAUGUACGCAAAUAGUUGUCAAUUCACGAAACUAAUAUUUGAGAAUUAAAUAAAUAAAAUCCAUUACCUCCCUCCAAGAUGAUAAAAUACAUAGAACAGAAACCAUACUAACAGGCCCCUCCUACCAACAAAUAAAUGAUACCACUAAUCUAUCCAAUAGGAACAAAGAUUUUAAUCAGAACCGAAUUCACACUCAAAUUUAAACAGAAAUAGAAACGGAGUGUGACAGCACUCUAUUGUCUAUUGUUUUAAAAUCAAUUUACUAAAUUUGAUUAAAUUUGUUAGAAAUUUAAAAAACGCAAACUAUAAUGUUCAUACUACGACCUAACGAUAAGUUAAUCAUUAAAUAGAGACUGGACGGUGUAGCGAUAGCGAUUGUUAAAUGUUCCAUGCGUAAACUGUAGAAACGGUCGGAACGAACCGGAGAUGUUGUAAGUUGUUGAAAAAUAAAAAUUAAUGAUAGAGUCACCGCUGCAGAACAUUGUGAAGUAAGUAGAAUUUUAUUUUGAAACUUUGUUGCCGGACAUGCUGGAAAUAAAUCCGAAGUAUUGCGAAAAAAAAAUCAAUCGUGUUUCUUGUUUUUUUUUUAGUAUAGAAACAACACUUUUCUACGUCCGUUGGGAGUGAUGUAUGAACGGCUUCAAAAAACAUGUUCCUGAGAACCUAACAGGCAAGUGCAAAAGUUGAUUGCUACACACUUAGAAAAUUUCGCAGAAUUCGGUAAUUUUUUACCGAAUUUUCAACAGCUGAACGUUCGGUAAUUAAAUUGAUUACCGAUCGUUCGGUAAUUGCUGAACUGUCAAACAACUACCGUAAACUGUAAACCAAAUGAAUCUAACUGAUUGUUCGGUAUUUUUUUGUUUGUUUGUUUUCCUUUGGUUAAAAUUCUGGAUUUUCGAAUUUUAAAAAUCGAC